ACUCCCCACUCGCUCCCUAUCUACCUCCCUCCCUCCGCCUUUUUCACGCCCGUUGCUCCCGCACGCCACUCGUAGUCGUCCCUCCCUCACUCCGUUUCUCUCACUUCGCCGCCACUCCCAGAAGCCAGCCGGAGGAGACCUACCUCUCUCUCUCUCUCUCCUCCCCCUUACAGCUGCUAGAUUCUAGAAGCCAACAAAACCAGACGGGGGCGAACCAGAAAAGCAAAACCCCAAGUCACCACUGCCAGUUCUCCCUCCCUCCCUCCCUCUCUCUCUAGAUCUGCGCGAGCCUCGGUUUCCGCGAUCGCUGCCCGCCGCGGUUGCUCCCGCCGCGCCGUGCUGCUCCCGCGCGCGCGCGCGUCUGCUGAUGGUCCGCUAACCCGAGGCCGGAGGGAGGGAUGCGGACGGGAGGCGGGUGCCUCGAGCGGGCGGGGGGUCGGCUGCUCCUCCCGCUGCUGUUGAUCGCCACGACGGUGGCAUUGCUGCCGCGGGCGCUCGCCCUCACCGACGCCGCCGACGUUUCUGCUAUAAAUGGAUUGUAUGUUGCACUUGGAUCGCCAGCUCUUCCCGGAUGGACUGCAAAUGGUGGAGACCCCUGCGGUGAGAAGUGGCAGGGUGUUGAUUGUAUUGGCUCAAGUAUAGAUGCGAUAAAUUUUGUUGCUGCAACGAUGGGAGGACAGCUUGGAAGCCUAGGAAACUUCACGGCUAUAACCACAAUAAAUCUUAGCAACAACAAAAUCACCGGAACUAUACCAGAUGAUCUUCCUGUUACACUGCGGAAUCUUUUUCUCUCGGACAACCAACUCACUGGAAGCAUCCCGAUGUCGCUAUCAAAACUUAACAGUUUAACAGCCAUGUCACUCAAUGAUAACCAUCUCGAUGGACAACUACCAGAUGCUUUUGGUUCCCUUGUUGGACUUAUAAACCUGGAUAUUUCUUCCAACAACUUCAGUGGUCCAUUACCAACUUCGUUGGGAAACCUGUCAUCUCUAGUUACCCUGCGCAUGCAAGAUAAUCAACUAUCUGGGACCCUUGAUGUGUUGCAGAGUCUGCCCCUCGGUGAUUUAAAUAUAGAGAACAAUUUAUUUUCUGGACCGAUUCCUCCAAAGUUGCUCAACAUACCAAAUUUGAAAAAGGAUGGGAACCCAUUUAAUACCAGCAUUGCUCCUUCUGCGUCACCGUCUUUAACACCGACAGGCCCUACACCAACACAAACACCAUCAUCCCCUUCAUCCCCUUCAGGAACUCCUUCAUUGUCUAAUACAUCCUCAAGCUCUUCUGGUGGAUCCACAGCUCGAGACAGCAGAUCAUCCUCCGGGAAACACAAGUCUUCAACUCUCAAGACCGUUGGAUACGUUUUUCUUGCUAUUGUGCUGUUCAUAGUUGUUGUGCUGCUGGUAAUCUUUUGCCUGUCCAAGUACCAAGAGAGACAGUCGAGACAUGAUUAUACAACAAGUCAGGUGGGAAGGGUGCACCAAAGAGUUGAAGAGCCUAAAGUCAAGCAGGCUUCAGCACAGUCAAGGAACGACGUUAAAAAAGGCUCAGCUGGGGUUCCUGACGGGAAGCAUGUUCGUGAAAUAAAUUUGGCCAUACCAGCUGCUCUUGAGAAGCCUCCUGAAAAGAGAGAAGAGCGUGUAAUUAACUUGGAGCGAACAGAGUCGGAUAUUUUUGCUGUGGAACCUCCGCCACCUCCACCACCACCGCCGCUGCCACCAGUGUCCCCACCACCACCUCCACCGCCGCCGCCUCCACCAGUGUCCCCGCCACCACCGCCGCCGCCACCAGUGUCCCCGCCACCACCUCCUCCUGUUGAAAAAGUGAUUGUUAAUCCUAUUUUUAGGCCAGAAAAAAGAGCUAGCACCCCACCAAGGGCAGGUCCCUCGACAUCUGCAACAUCCUUUUCUGUUGCAACACUUCAGCAAUAUACAAAUAGUUUCGGAGAGGAAAAUUUAAUAAGAGAGAGUAGGUUGGGAAAAGUAUAUCUGGCAGAACUUCCUGAAGGCAAAUUAUUGGAAGUUAUGAAGAUAGACAAUGCCAAUGGAAGAAUACCAGUAGAUGACUUUCUAGAGCUGGUUGCGUGUAUAUCAGAUAUUAGACACCCUAGCAUCCUUGAGCUUGUUGGAUACUGUGCAGAAUAUGGGCAGCGGUUACUUGUUUAUAACCACUUCAGUAGAAGAACACUACAUGAUGUGUUACAUGAAAGAGAGGACUUAGAUAGUGCACUAUCUUGGAUCGCCCGUCUCCAGGUUGCUCUUGGUUCAGCAAAAGCCUUAGAGUAUCUCCAUGACACCUGUGAGCCUCCAGUAGUGCAUCAGAAUUUUGAACCAUCAAAUGUGCUUCUUGAUAAUAGAUUCUCAGUACGUGUUGCUGAAUGUGGACUGUCUGUAUUGACGUUGUCAAGUUCUGUUACACAGUUGUCUGGUCGCAUGCGGGCACUACUAAAUUAUGAGGCACCUGAAAUCCAGGAAUCUGGAACUUUUACUGAUCGAAGUGAUGUUUAUAGUUUCGGUGUGGUGAUGCUAGAACUUCUUACUGGUCGUAAACCAUAUGACAGUUCUCGUCCGCGUCAUGAACAACAUCUUGUUAGAUGGGCCCAGGCUCAGUUCCAUGACAUCGAAUCACUAACAAAGAUCGUUGACCCUUUUAUUCGUGGAGAGUGUUCUGAGAAAGCGUUGUCCCGUUUUGUUGACAUCAUCAGUCGUUGUAUUCCGCCCGAAGCAGAAUUCAGGCCGCCAAUGUCUGAGAUUGUCCAAGACCUAGCUAGCAUUUUAAGUGCUGCUGGUGAGGAAUCGGAGUGAUAAGCAAAAUCAAGGAUGGGCCAUAUAUAUAAAUCGAAUGUUGGCAGCGCAGCCAGUGAAGUAUAUUGAGAUGAAACAUCUACUACCACAUUCUGUGGAAACCCUGUCAAUAUUUCUGUUGGACAACACCGUCAACCAGUGUACAUGCUGAUUUGGAGCCAGAAAGGAGGUAGUGGUACAGCCCCAUUUUGGGGAGGGGGAAUGGGCAUACGGGGAUUCUCGUUGCUCCCGGGCAGAAGAUCCUUGUAUUCUAGGCUUCUAGCCAUGACUGUAUGAGAUGUAUCUCUAGUAACCACCUAUAAUUUUUGAUAGUUCUUUUUUGUUUUCAGCUUAUAUUACCUUGAAGUUAGUGAUGUUCGUACGUUUC